CACGGGGCGCGUUGCCAUGGCGCUCGGGCGCGCGUAGCCAGACCCGGCCCGCGGAGCCAGCCUGGCCGGCCCUGGCGCAGAGGCCGCGGAAGGGCCGAGGCGAGGCCGCCAGGAGACUCCUGCUCGGCGCGGAACGCGGAGGCCGGCGGGGACCGAGUGCGCGGCGCCGUUGCCACGCUCGCAGGAUGCAGGCCAUGGACCCUGCCGCCGCGGAUUUUUACGAGGAGGACGGCAAGGAUCUAGAUUUCUACGACUUUGAGCGUCUCCCCACUCUGCCCGAGGACGAGGAGAACGUGUCCCUGGCCGACAUCCUUUCCCUGCGGGACAGCGGCCUCAGCGAGCAGGAGGCCUGGGCGGUGUGCCUGGAGUGCAGCCUGUCCAUGCGCAGUGUCGCCCACUCGGCCAUCUUCCACACGCUCUGCAUCACGCCAGACACCCUGGCUUUCAACACCAGCGGGAACGUGUGCUUCAUGGAGCAGCUCAGCGAUGACCCUGAGGGAGCCUUCGUCCCCCCGGAGUUUGAUGUGACCGGGAACACCUUUGAGGCUCACAUCUACUCUCUGGGGGCCACGCUGAAGGCAGCGCUUGAGUACGUGGCUGAGCCAGAACCCAGGCUGAGCCAAGACCUGGAGCUGCUGCUGCGCCAGAUGCAGGCGGAAGAUCCGCGGAACCGGCCAGACCUCGAGAGCGUCAUCGCACUGUGCGAGGAGAAGCUGCCCGUCACGUCCUCCUGCCGCCUGUGCCGCAGCCUCUCGGCCGUCGGGAGGAGGGUGCUGUCCAUCGAGUCCUUCGGAACCUUCCAAGAUGUCAGUGAGAGCACCUGGAGGGGGAGACUUGCUGCAAGAAGUGUGGAGCCGAAGAGGCAGCCUGAGGACCACAACGCAGAGGCCCCUCCCACCCCCAAGAGCCCAGAGUACCCCAGGAUCCCACCCUCCAAGUCUCUGCUGUCAGCCCCUGUGAAAAACGGCGAGAGCCCCAGCCUGGAGGGGCUGGCCAGCCUCAUCCUGGAUGCCCCACGCCCCAUAGAGAGGGGCCGCCUGAGGAAAGUGCAGACGGUCCCCAGGCUCCUGCCUGAGGGCCCUGAGACCGGCACCCUCUGCCUGUCACUGACUACCGUGAAAAACCAGUUGCCUACAUCCAAAUUCUUCCCGCCAGAGCCCAGGAAGGCCUUUCCUGAGGGGAAAAAUGGCAUUUCCAGCUUCAAGGCCCAGCCCAAGUCCAGGCUGUGGCGGGAGCCAGAGCCUGAGCUCCAGCAGGAAGGGGCUCGAAAUGUGGGCCUCAGUGGGGACGAGGCCACUGGGGUGCCCAGCCAGGGCCCUGUGGAGGGAAGCCCCCAGCUCCGUUCUGAAGACCCUCAAGAUGCAGGCCAAGACCCUGGGAGCUUCGGGGCUGAAGAGCAGAUUCCAGAAGGAGCUAGGGAACCGGGAAGUGCAGCCACGGAGCAGGGCGUCUCCCUGCAGGACCUCUUGUUGAAGCUGCGCCGGCCCUUCAAGGAGUAUGAGCUCUGGGCUCUGUCGCACGCCUGCCUCAGCACCCUGCGCAUGCACCGCCAGCACCCAGCCUACUUGUGUCCGGACUCUGUGCUGGUGGCUGAAGACGGGACUGUGCUCUUCGGACUGCCCCCUGUCAACGGCACUUACAGCUCCUUCUUCCUGGCUCCCGAGGUUGCAGAGCAAAAGCUGGUGACUGAAAAGGCCUCGGUGUACUGUGUGGCCGCGGUCCUGUGGAUGGCAGCCAAGUUCAGCAUCCCCCGAGACCACAAGCUGGCCCUGCCACGCCGGCUCAAAACCCUCCUCCUGCACAUGGCCAGACGCAGUGCCCAGGAGCGGCCGUCCGCAGCUGAGGCCAUCAAGGUGUGCAGUACUUACCUCCUUCAGCGCGGCAUGGACAGCAGAAAGAUCUUAGCGCACCUGAGGGCGUCCACCUGUAAGGUUUACCAAGAAGAAGAGACCAUCAGUCUCCAAAAUGCUUUCUCGGUGGGUGAACUGGACCCCAGCGCAGUGCCUGCUCCUGUGCCCCGCUCAGGCUUUGUGCAGGUCAGCGGGGACACCAGGCUUGUAGCCAUGGAGGGGCCUGUGCCUAGCCAACCCUCCUGCUGCGAGGGCGCCUUGAAGCUGCCAGUGGCGUUCACCUCCACGGCCACGCACUUCAAGCCCGUGGUCCUCACCCCCGCACCUGGUGCAGCCAGGGACAUGCUUGCCCUGCCUUCGGAAACGGCCGAGAUGCCACAGGAGAGGAGAGGCUGGCUGGCCGGGGACGUCGAUGGAAAGAAGGCCCCUGAGGCCCACACAGUGGCCACCAGCCUGGAGAUGCCUGACCAGCCUGCACCUGGGCCCGGACCACAGCACACAGCCCCAGAACCCCCCAGAGAGUUGGUGCUGAGAGAUUCAGCCCAGGGUGCUGAGAGAUUCUGCCCCCCAGCUCCCACCUCAUCGGCGACGCCCCAGUCUUCUGCCCCAGCCCCGUCCCUGCAGGCACAAGAGUCACCGCAGGAGCAAGGGCCAGAGGAGCAGGUCCCACCUGGAGCCUCUUCUGGAGGCCUCGGGCCCCAUCCCCCAGGCCCCACCACAGCCCGCGAUGGCCCUUGGCGCCCGGCCAAGCCGCCCAGGAGCAAGGCUACCGAGGGCCCCCCCUCGGCCCCACACACCCACUCCCUGGUCGGUGCGAGUGCCAGCAGCCCCAGGAGCCCGCCCGUCAGGGAGCAGGAUGACCGGGCCCCAGACAGUCACUCUGAGCGGCCCCGGCCAGCAGACCGCAAGCUGUGUCCAUCCAGUGUGGACGCCUCACCCCUCCCGGAAAGGACGGCCUGCCCAUCGCUGCAGGAGGCCACACGCCUCAUCCAGGAGGAGUUUGCCUUCGAUGGCUACCUGGAGAACAGGCUGGAGGCUCUGAUCAUGGGGGAAUAUAUUUACGCUCUGAAAGACCUGACCUACGCCACUUUCUGUGGGGCCAUAUCGGAGAAGUUUUGUGACCUCUACUGGGGGGAGAAGCUGCUGCAGAACCUUUUCAAAGUGGUGAACGAGAGGACCUCGCCCUCCAAGAACGCUUCUGAGGAGGCUGCGUCCCAGCAGGAGCCCUGCGCACCGACUGGUUGCUCACCGUCCAGCAAACGGCCCUCGCCGCUCAGAGCAGGGAAGGAGAAGCCUGCCGCUCACAGCAGAGUGCCCUGCCCCGCCCCCGUGCUGGCCAGCGUGGACCCCGAUGAGCUCUCCCGGGGAAACUUGGAAGUGGGGUUUCGGCCUCAGAAGUCAGAAAAAGCCGAGAGUGAACCGCGGCCGGAAGCAGGAGAGGACGGGCAGCAGGUGGGGGGCCGGGAACCAGCCAGAAGGGCCUCCGGCUCGGAAGAAGUGGCCCAGCUGCCCAGGCCCGAGGAGGGCGGCCCAGCCGAGAUCCAGACCUGCAGCCCGGGCUGGAGCAGCGCCUUCUACGAGGCCAACUGCUUCGGUGCCGACGUCCAUAGCUACGUGCAGGAGCUGGGGCUGUGCAGGGCCGGCGGGGCCCCCGACACCUCGAGUCCGGAGCUGGAGCAGCAGCUCAUGAUGGAGAAAAGGAACUACCGGAAGACUCUGAAGUUCUACCAGAAGCUCUUACAGAAGGAGAAGCGGAGUAAAGGCUCCGAGGUCAAGACCAUGCUGUCCAAGCUGAAGGGCCAGCUGGAGGAAAUGAAGUCCAAGGUGCAGUUCCUCGGGCUGGUGAAGAAGUACCUACAGGUCACGUAUGCGGAGUGGUGGGGCCUGGAGCCCUGCACCUUGCCGGUGGUGGUGAACGUCGCGUCCGCCCCCUGUGACACACUGGACUUCAGCCCCCUGGACGAGUGUUCGUCCCUCAUUUUCUACAACGUCAGCAAGCACCCGCGCAGCAGCCACCACGGGAAGGCCCGCGUCCUGCAGGCCGGCACCCCGCUGGGGCUCAUGGCGUACCUCUACUCCAGUGGCGCCUUCCUGGAGGGCUACGUGCAGCAGUUCCUCUACACCUUCCGCUACUUCUGCACGCCGCACGACUUCCUGCACUUCCUACUCGACCGCAUCAGCAGCUCCCUGGCCAGAGCCCAGCAAGACCCCACAUCGACCUUCACCAGGAUCUACAAGAGGAGCUUCUGCCUCCUGCAGGCCUGGGUGGAGGAUUGCUACGCCGUGGACUUCAUGGGCAACGCCGGGCUGCUGGGGAGGCUCGAGGACUUCAUCUCCUCCAAGGUCCUGCCCCUGGAUGGCUCCGCGGAGCACCUGCUCGGCCUCCUGGAGGUGGGUGCAGACCGGUGGGCCGAGGGCGGCCCCCGCGGCACAGGCCUGGAGGACCCCAAGGACGCCGAGGAGGACAGCAGACCUCUCAAUGCCAUCUGUAAGAGGUUCUCCGAAGACGGCACCUCCCGCAAGAGUUUCCCCUGGAGGCUGUCUCGGGGCAACGGGCUGGCGCUGCCCCACCACAAGGAGCACCAGUACACCAUUGCGUCCGCCCUGCCCAAGCCCUGCUUCUUCGAGGACUUCUGCGGCCCCUACACCAAGGCCAGCGCCAAGGGGCCCUACUUCCUGACAGAGUACAGCACCCAGCAGCUCUUCACCCAGCUGACGCUGCUACAGCAGGAGUUGUUUCAAAAGUGCCAUCCCGUCCACUUCCUAAACUCACGGGCCCUGGGUGUCACGGACAAAAGUGUGGCCAUUCCCAAAGCCAGCUCCGAGUCUCUGUUGGCCAAAACCAGCAGCUUAUUUCUGCCCAAUUACGUCCAGGACAAGUACCUGUUACACCUUUUGAGAAGUGCAGAUGACGUCAGCACCUGGGUGGCCGCCGAGAUUGUGACCAGCCACACCUCCAAGCUGCAGGUGACUCUGCUGUCCAAAUUUUUGCUGAUUGCGAAAUCGUGCUAUGAGCACAGGAACUUUGCGACAGCCAUGCAGAUCCUGGGUGGCCUGGAGCAUGUCGCCGUGAGGCAGUCCCCCGCAUGGAGAAUUUUACCCGCAAAGGUAGCAGAGAUCAUGGAGGAGCUGAAAGCCGUGGAGGUCUUCCUGAAGAGUGACAGCCUGUGUCUGAUGGAAGGACGGCGCUUCAGGGCCCAGCCCACCCUGCCGGCAGCCCGGCUCUUGGCCAUGCACAUCCAGCAGCUGGAGACCGGGGGCUUCACCAUGACCAACGGGGCGCACAGGUGGAGCAAGCUCAGAAACAUAGCCAGGGUGGCAAGCCAGGUGCAUGCGUUCCAGGAGAACCCCUACACCUUCACCGCCGACCCCAAGCUGCAGUCGUGCCUCAAGCAAAGGAUCGUCCGCUUCAGCGGGGCCGACGUCUCCGUCUUAGCGGCAGAUACCAGGACCAGCUUCCACCAGACGGCCAGCGAGAAGCACUCUCGGAGGAUUCAGGACAAGCUACGCAGAAUGAAGUCCACCUUCCAGUGACGGAGGAUGUGGUGUGGGCGUGGGGUCCACACGAGGCCCGCCCGACACAAAGCCGCCUGCCUGCUGCCCACACAGCCCGCUGCCUCUACAGCGCGCCAGGAGCCCCGGAGAGAGGAUGGGUGUCAGUGGAGGGGGGGGUGUUUCUGCGAGAAUAUUUACAACCUACAUCUUAAGUUGAGUGAAAAUAAGAGGAAGUCAGCUCAGCCGUACCCACACACAGAUCACACAUCUGGGAGACAGGGCGCUGCCACUGCCCCAGUGACCCAGCCCAGCCCACUCCCCAGGCCACCCCACAGAUGUUUAGUUGCUUUCUGAGCACUUUUCAUGGUUCUGGCCUGUCUUCCCAGACACAGAGGACCAAGGCUGACCUGACCACCUCCAUGCCAGCUGCAGAUUCCCGGGGGUUCUAACCCCUUCCACUAGGGCUUCCUGCCAGCCAAGCCCCAACCUGGCUUAUAUUCCGUCCCUCACGACCCCCGCCAGUCCUGAUGAUCUAGCUCCCGGGAGUCCCAGUCCCACGGGGAUGACAGAGCCUUCCCACCUUCCCCCAUCCCUCCCAGCCCGCCUGCCUUUGCCUGAGCCUCACAGCUCCGCACUGGCAGCACCCAAGGCGCCGGCUCCCCCACCCCACCCCCCCACAAUAGCCCCUGGUGGGGCCCCUGCGGCCUGGCCAGGGUUCUGCUUCCCAGCAAAGCACACAGGACAUAGCAGCUCCACGGCAGAGAGGCGGCCUCGGGCCCUGAGAGUGUCCCUCUGCCUGUCUGGUGGCCUAGGGGCCCCAGGGCUGUGGACCCGCCCUCAGCAGCCAUGCAUGAUGUGUACAGGCCGUGCCUGGGCUCCCACUCCCCGUCCUUACUAGCGCUUUGGCACCUACGAGGAAAUGAAGUUUGCUGCCUCGAUGGUGCCCAACUCUACCCCAGGCCUGUCUCCACAUGGCUAGUGCUGAGCAUGGCCCAGUGGGUGGGGGACGCCCUCGGACAGGGCCCUCUCCCCACAGCAGGAGGCCAGGCCCCCGGGACCAUCCCAGCACCUAUGUGGUCAGUUGCAAAUCGCUGCAAGAGCCAUGAUCACUCUUUUGAGCUUUAGAAUUACUGAUUUAGAGCAACCGGCUAGCGGUACUUCUAGAAAAACUGCUACUUGUGAUAAAAGGCUGCAGUUCCAAUGUCAAUGUGUUUCCCACAAACCUGUCUGAGACAACCAGGUCCUGCUCCAAAGGGCCAUACAGGGAGCUCGGCAGUCCUGGCCGUGCAAAUGUGCUUCAUGUUUUUUUAGGCUUUUAUAUGAAAGUUACAUUCUGCCAAUGAACUCCCGUCUUCAGAUUUUGAAUUUAACAAAGAUAGUGUCACAAAGCUGAAGCAGACUUAGUGUCCAGCACAAAUACACAUUCCACUUGCGACAGUUUCUUCGGGGAAGUGACUGGGCUCUGGGCUUAAGCACGACUGUUUGCAUGGCACCCUCGUGUCCCAUGGUACAAAUUUCUAAAUAAAAUCAUUUCUACC